AUGGCUUCCACUUUGGACGCAGUCCUCGCCAAGUAUACUGCCUCUGGCAACGACACAAACGACAAGCUGCUUGGCGCAUCCUUCAUCGUCGUAAACAAAGAUGGGACCCUAUACAGCAACGCGGCGGGCCGAAUUGACUUUCCCCUCGAGGCGCGCCCUUGGAGUCUCGACACCUUCACCUUCGUCGCGUCACUGACCAAGGUCAUUACUUCCACCGCCGUCAUGCAGCUGGUUGAGCAGGGCCGACUAGGUCUGGACGACGACAUGCGCAAGAUUGUGCCAGAGCUCGGAGGCAUGCAGAUCCUUCGUGGCUUUGACGAGAACGACAAGCCCAUUCUCGAAGAUAAUACCAAGCCAAUCACACUCCGGAUGCUCCUCACCCACACCGUCGGCCUGGGCUACGAUCUGAUGCCAGACCUCCUCCAAUGGUCCAAAUCCAUCGGCCGCACCGUCACGAACCUCUCGGGCACCCUCAAGGGCUUCGAAACGCCCCUCAUGUUCACCCCCGGCGAAGGGUGGUACUACGGCACGGCCAUCGACUGGGCAGGCCAGGCCCUGGAGCGCGUCACGGGCACCACCCUGGGCGCCUACCUCUCCGAGCACGUCUUUGGCCCGCUCGGCAUGCGAGACACGGGUUUCUGGCCCGAGAAGCUGCCCCACGUCGCCGAGCGGACCGCCGCCUUCCAGAUCCGCGGCGGCGACGGGUCCUCCCUGGCUCCCGGCGCCAACCCGCGCACCGAAAGCCCCGACGCCAUCGACAGCGGCGGCGCGGGUCUCUGGACCACCGCGCAGGACUACAGCGUUUUCCUCCGCGCCCUGCUGAAUAAUCAGCUCGUGAAGAAGGAGACCGCGGACGAGAUGUUCCGCCCGCAGCUGGACGUGAGGCAGGCUAGGUAUUUCGAGAAGCUCUCGGCCGAAUGGGGCGGCGCGCUGGCGGUGGAGUUCCCGCUGGACAUGGAGCUCAAUCAUGGGCUGGUGGGAUGUAUCAAUAUGCGCGACGUGCCGGGGAAGCGCAAGAAGGGAAGUCUGCAGUGGAGCGGGAUGUGCAAUAGCCAUUGGUGGCUGGAUCGGGAGACGGGUGUCGCUGCGGUGCUUAUCGUCCAGUCCCAGCCUCACGCCGAGCCGGUCGUGACUAGGCUUUACAAUGAUUUGGAGAGGGCGGUCUACGGCGGGCUUCUGAAGAAAUGA